AUGCCUCUCUUCCACCACAACUCAAACCCCAACUCCUCCUCUACAGCAAGCUCUUCGCGCCAAUCUCGCCAGGGCACAACUACCAGAACUGCCCCAGAACCCCAAACCCAACGCACCAGCGGAGGUUUCUUUGGCUCUCGCCACGACAGGUCCCCGACUGCAGCAUCCACCAACACUUCCUCAUCGAAGAAUAGCAAUGGCAGCACCAAGCACAGUACAAGCCUCCUGCGCCGUAACCGUGAAGACCCCAGUAUCAGCGCCGCCCGCGAACAGGUCGUCAUGGCCGAGGGCGCGGAGCGCGAAGCUGACCGGGCGCUUGUGGCUGCGCGCCAGGCUGUGAGGGAUGCGAGGGAGCAUGUGAAAAGGCUCGAGAAGGAGGCUGCGGAGGAAGCGCGCUUGGCUAGGGUCAAGCAGGAUCAAGCAGCGGAUAUUUCGAAGAGGGCGAGGCCCUUGGGGAGGUUUGGGAAUUAG